AUGGCCGCGUCUUGCUUUUCUGAGAAGCCGUUGAAGAACUCAAAAACUAAACAGUGCCAGUGCCUGUUUUUAACAUGGCCAUGCCCUCCACUUUCAAUACUGCUCGGCUGCACUUCUAAAAGUCAGGAAAGCUCGCUCGCUCCAUCUCAAGCUUUUCUAAUGGCAAACAGUCUCCAGAGGCCGUUAAAAGUCUCAACCAGUCAUGAUGCUUCAUCACUUGGCAACAAGAGGCAAAGGGAAGCACAAGUACUUGACGGUUCUGAUAUCGUGUCUGAGAAAAUCACGGCCAUUGAAGAUCUUCACGACAUGGGAACUCGCCAACUACGCGAACAAGCAAUCCUCCGAGGCCUUUCUUCAAGUGGGUCAAAGAAAGAACUACUAGAUAGGCUCUGUGCAGAGUCAGAGAAAGAGUCAAAGAACGGUACACCCGAAGGCAAAGAAGAAGACGAAGAAAAAGAAACAAGCAACAAGGACGACAAAGUUACUGCGAGUUUCAACAAGGUCACUGCCGGGCUGGAUCAGUAUCUGCCUGAUCAUAUAAAGACACAGAACCAUGUUCUAGAGCAUGGGGAUAGUAUCUAUGAUGCCACGUUGAAUCAAACAAAUGUUGGGAAUAAUAAUAACAAGUUCUAUCUGAUUCAGGCUCUUGAAUCUAAUGACUCUAGCAAAUUCAUGGUAUACACUAGAUGGGGUAGAGUAGGAAUUAAAGGUCAAGACUGUUAAUAUCAUGGGGACAAACAAUGCCCCACCUCCACUAAUGCCUAGUGGGAACACAUCACCUUCCACUUAGCAUAAAGUGGAGGCAUAAAUGGUGGCAACUAUUUUGCCGUAA